CGUCAGCGUAUUCCGAGCAUGCCUACAAAGGUCGAAAAUAAACAAAGAGCUGGAAAAAGAGCCUUGUGCUGUGGGAGUGUAAACUGUAAUCGGGUCUGUGUUUCAGCUUUCGGUCAGCGAUGGAAAACGUUUUCUCAUGUCGAGCAAGUGUUUAUUUAGAUCAAGGAGGCCGGAAAUACAUGGAGGAUUUUGUUCAGAUUAAACAGGAUGAUGAGCCGAGCGAGGACGAGCUGAACGCCGCCGCUGCUGAGCGCGGGGAGCCGGAAGUGGAGGAGGAUAAAGGCAGCGAUGAGCUUGAGCACAGAGCCGCGGAGCGCGCGCAGAGCCCGGGGAGCGGGAGCUCGCGCCUGUCCGGCCCGCCGGGCUGCAGUGUCGCUGCGGGGGGCGGCGAUGGAGCGGCGGAGGGCGCUGCGGGGAGGAACAGUCGGCGCGCCAGGGCUGUGUCUUUCUACGCCGUGUUUGAUGGGCACGGCGGCCCCGACGCCGCUCGGUACGCCCAGACUCAUCUGUGGGAUCUGAUCAAAAAACAAAGAGGCUUCUGGUCGGCAGACGAUGAGGAGGUCUGCGCAGCGAUCCGGAAAGGAUUCAUCGCCUGCCAUCACGCCAUGUGGAAGAAACUGCCGGAGUGGCCGAGGACAGCGACUGGCCUCCCUAGCACAUCCGGAACGACUGCAAGCGUUGUUGUGAUUCGCCGUGAUCGCGUGUAUGUGGCCCAUGUUGGAGACUCUGCUGUGGUUUUAGGGGUGCAGGACAGUCCGUCUGAUGAGGUGCUUCGAGCAGAAGAAAUCACACAGGAUCACAAACCUGAGCUACCCAAAGAGAGGAAAAGAAUCGAGGGACUGGGAGGGAGUGUGAUUAAAAAAUCUGGGGUGAAUCGAGUUGUGUGGAAGAGACCCAGGCUCACUCACAACGGACCAGUCAGAAGAAGCACAGUCAUUGAUCAGAUUCCUUUCCUCGCUGUAGCUCGAGCUUUAGGUGACCUGUGGAGUUAUGACUUCUACAGUGGAGAGUUUGUAGUGUCACCUGAGCCUGAUACUGCUGUUAUCAAGUUGGAUCUAAAACGGCACCGCUACAUCAUCUUGGGCAGCGAUGGUCUUUGGAACAUGGUUUCACCACAAGAAGCAGUAUCCAUGUGUCAGGAGACUGAUAGGGCCAAGACUAAGUGCCAAGACACAAGAGAAAAUGUUUGUAGUGCUCAGGAACUGGUGAACCAUGCCCUUCAAAGAUGGAGUCAGCGCUUGCUUCGUGCCGACAACACUAGCGCCAUAGUCAUUUGUUUGGAGCCAGUAGGGACGUUUUCUGAACCUUUGCCCCCAUAUGAAGUUGUGUACAACCUGCAUGGAGCAAAGUCAUGCUCUUCUACAGAGUCUCCAUCCAGCACUUCACGCAUUCAGGAGAAAGACGUGUCUUCUCCUGGUUGUGAACUGGAAUUGUUGGGCCACCGAAAUGCUGACAGUGGGACGAGUGGGUCUGAAUUAUCAAAGUCUGACUUUCCGAGCAAAGAUCUCAGUGAUAAGAGCUUGAACAGCGGUAAGAAUAGUGACAUAGUGCCAACCGGCAAACGGAUGCUGGAGGAUCUGUCCAUCCCUGCAGGAAAGAGGGCACGCCGUAGUCUUCCUCACAGCCACGCUUCCUCAUGCACUACUCGUCGGAGGUACAGUGAGCGUCCGUCUCUACGACGUGGGAGCAAAAACCAGAAGCAGUCCAACAAAGUACAAGGUCUCUUACAGGAGCACGGAAAUGCUACUGUAUGUGUUUGCUAACGUUCGUCUUGUCGGAUGGUCACAAACUCCAAUUAAGUUCUAAUAAGCUACUGAGGAAACAGGCUCUACAGUUAGAAGGCAAAAAUAUAAGAAUGGAUUGAUUUUAAGAGUAAAGCCAGCAUGACAAUGCAAUAUAGUGUACUGCUUUUCAUCUGGCAUAUUGUGGUAAACCUGUCGUGUUCCAAUUUUUUUCCGGGUCAUGUAAAAUAACGGAGGGUCUGUUAAACGCCCCAAAUUUGUGUGUCGCUUGUCACCUUCUCUACAGUGUUUAUGUUCAAUCUUGUAAUGCUGCAGUCCAAUCACCGACACGUUUUUUUGGCCUUGUGCGUACUUGGGGCUCAGACACUUUAUGUUGAAGAAUUCCUGCUGUCUUCCAUUCGUCGUACUGGAAGGAUCGUGUGAAAAAUUCAACAGAAGAAUGCAUAUCUUCCGGGAAGAUAUUUCUCCUUGCAGAUGACGUGUACAUAUUCCAAAGAACAAUUUUAAAGAGUGACAUUUUACUUUGAGCAAUUCAAUAGUCUAUGUAUUUUUAUACACUUUGUUUUACAGAACAAAGAAGGCACCAGUUUGUACUAGCAUGGAAUCUUAACCUCUUGUCACUAUGUAUGAUCUUACCUCGUCAAACAAGCAAGAAAUAUAUACACGUCAAAGUUUUAAAUACAUAUUAGCAUUAUACAGCAUCUCAUUUCCAGAUUAAUGUUUGUUAAAUUAGGUUUUUAUUUUUAAAGUUGGGUUUUUUUUCCCUAUCUGUGAGACUUUCAUGUGCAACUUAAGGUGCUGCUAUGUUUAACCAGGUCAAUAAAAAAACUUGAUAAACUAAAUUAAAAUGUGUUGACUUGCCACCCGAUGUCUUGUGGUAUACAAGUAGAGGUAAACAAGGUUUUCAAAGUGACCAGCUCUCAUCUCAAUACACAAAAAAAAAACCUUUAAUAAACUCCUUAGCAGAGCUGCAAUGUUCAGGAUAUAACUAACUAGCUAACGUUUAGUCUCCUUAGCUAGCUAGCGAUCAUUACCUACUAGCUAACACAGCUAUAGUUUGCUGCCUAGCCCAAUCUGCCAGCUAAAACAAGUAGUUCUGUUAUAAGCCACCAAACUAACAAACGCCACUAGCUAACAAAUGUGUCAUUCGAUACCUAACUAGAGUCAUGGUUCAUUCAGGUGAUUGUAGUCUACAGACGGAACUUGGUAGGGGAAACGCUCAUGUGAGCCAUUUGUUGUCACGACAACCUGAAGUACUGAGAAGCCUUUAAGGCUACAUCCACACGACAACGGCAACGAGAUGUUAUUUAAAAAAAUAUCGCGUCCACAUGGGCAACGAUCAGUAAAAUAUCAGGUCCAUAUGGCAACGCAACGCUUGCUGAAAAAGAUGCAAUACACAUGCCACACCUCUAGGGGCGCUGUAAGACGGUCCCUUCGGAGACACCAGAACAAUAGAAGAAGUAAGGACGCAUGCGCAUAAACUAUUAUGUGUGAGACUUCAUAUUAGCCACAAAGUCAGAAAAAUCUGUUCGUAAAAUUACAUUAUAAUGACCAAAUACAAUGAAAAGUAUUUUUCCAGUCUCACCUGUGAAAGGUAAUCCCAUGUGAUCUCGUUUGGACGGU